AAAUGAUUUGAUCGGGGGAGAGAGAUCAGAGACUCCUAACCCUCAUACGGGAACUGAGCUCGUCACAGUCAGUACCGGUUUAUUUACGCGUGAGUAGCCGAUCCGAUAAAUUCUUAAGGACUUUGGACACUUGGAGAGCUUUUGCGCAGGAGCGCAUGAAACAGACACCUGAACAGCAAGAGCUAAAGGAUUUUACCUCCACACUAGAGAGUUGCAUCUCAUUUUUCUGCAUGAAUCUAUUCGACUCGUACCUAAAAAUGAGCGACGAGCAGGACAAGAGUCUUUCCGACGCGCCGAGCCCGAGCACGUCCGAGGAUUCGGCUCCGUCUCCGUGUCCAUCUGGAUCAGGAUCCGACACCGAGAACACCCAACCCGAGCAGAACCUGAGAGAGUUUCAGAAGGACGAAGGUGACAAGUUCCCCGUGUGCAUAAAAGACGCGGUGUCGCAGGUUCUGAAGGGGUACGAUUGGACCUUGGUGCCCAUGCCAGUGCGAGUGAACGGCUCCAGCAAGUGCAAACCGCACGUCAAGAGACCCAUGAACGCGUUUAUGGUUUGGGCUCAAGCUGCGCGCAGAAAACUGGCGGAUCAGUAUCCGCAUCUUCACAAUGCCGAACUCAGCAAAACCCUCGGCAAACUCUGGAGAUUGCUGAAUGAGGGAGAGAAACGUCCGUUCGUAGAGGAGGCGGAGCGCCUGAGGGUCCAGCAUAAGAAAGACCACCCUGACUACAAGUACCAGCCGAGACGAAGAAAAUCAUUGAAGAAUGGCCAAACGGAACCCGAGGAUAGCGAGCAGACCCACAUUUCUCCCAACGCCAUUUUUAAAGCCCUGCAGCAGGCCGAUUCUCCUGCAUCCAGCCUGGAUGAAGUGCAUUCGCCAGCAGACAACUCUGGAGUGGGCCAGGCGCAAGGCCCCCCCACACCACCCACAACUCCCAAAACUGACCUGCCAUCCAGCAAGGUAGACUUUAAGCUUGAGGGCCGUCCCCUUCAAGAGGGCAUCGACUUUGGAGCAGUGGAUAUCGGCGAGCUGAGCAGCGAUGUGAUCUCUAACAUGGAGCCUAUUGACAUCAAUGAGUUUGACCAGUAUCUGCCCCCUCGCGGACACCCAGGCAUUGCGGCCACUCAGACGUACUCCAGUGGCUACGGCCUCAGCAGUCAAGCCAUGGGAGCCACAGUGCAUGGCUGGAUCUCCAAACAACAGCAGCACUCGUUGAGUGAGCUGGGCCAAAGUCAGCAGAGAACCCAGAUCAAGACCGAGCAGUUGAGUCCCAGCCACUACAGCGAGCAGCAGGGCUCCCCGCAGCAUAUCGCCUACGGCUCGUUCAACCUGCAGCACUACAGCACCUCGUACCCCUCCAUUACCCGCACGCAGUAUGAUUAUGCAGGGCACCAGAAUGCCGCCAGCUCCUACUACAGCCAUUCCGGGGGUCAGAGCUACCCUACAUUCAGCUACAUGAGUCCCAGUCAGAGGCCCAUGUACACCCCAAUUGCCGACACAACAGGUGUCCCCUCCGCACCACAGGCACACAGUCCGCAGCACUGGGAGCAACAGCCAGUCUACACGCAGCUGUCCAGGCCGUAAGACCAGGAGAACUCUGGGACGUUCUUUAAACGUACUGAACUAACAGAAUGGCUCCCAACAGUGCCUUUAAAAUCACUUGGAGUGGUGAUUAUAUUUUGAAGAUAUAAUGACGCUAAAAAGAAAGCCUCUGUGAGGACAUAUUCAAUAUAAAUGUUUUAGUAUGUACUGUGUAUGUGUUAUUUGGGGAAUUUGUACUCUGGUAUAUAGGGAGAAUAAGCAUUUGUCUGCAACCAGUGAUGUUUUUUUUAAGAAAGCCUAACGAUGUCCUCCUAAUUCUGUGUAUAUAUAUAUAUAUAUAUAUAUAUAUAUGUUAAAGUGCCAUUUACCAAUUGGGCAAAGCAAGUGUUGGGUUUGGUGAAACUGUUGUUUGAAAGCACAAGCAGAUGUAUAGUCAGAGUUGUAAUGCUUCUGUAGUCUGUGCCUAAGUGGGAGUCUUGUCGGAGUUGCCAUAUCUGCUGGCUUUAAAUCCUUCUGUGCCUAUAGAGCUCACCUCUUUGUCUUACUGCUGGAGAAGAAACAGGAAGUGCCCUUUGACCCGAGGCUUCUCCAUAGAUUUCCAUUCUGCCAUCGAGUUCUAACCUCUUUAAUUUAUUCAUUAGUAUUCAUUUCACGUCAAAGUAAUACUCUUUGCAUUUUAUCAUUUACUUUAGCCUGUAUGACUAAUUUGUGAUAAAAAAAGCAAAAUGAUUGCAGAGAUUAUUAUUUAGUUGUUGUAGUGCAAGUUUUAACCAUUCCAUUUAUUUAUCAUUUGUAAAUGUUUUCAUUUUAAAGUAUCUAAAAUUGAUCAUCCAGAUGAGUACAGAUGACAUAUAAUUGUGAUGAUACUUGAUCAAAUCUUUGAACGCAAUUAACUGGGAAAUCCCAUUUUUUUUCCUUUUAUCCUGAAGCAUGUGGACUUCUGCAGUCUGUUGGCUAUAUGUAACCCUGGACCACAAAACCAGUCAUAAGGGUCAUUUUUUUUAAAUUGAGAUUUAUUCAUCAACUGAAUGAAUAAGCUUUCCAUUGAUGGAUUCCAUUCGUUUGUUAAGAUAGGAAAAUAUUUGGGCGAGAUACAACUAUUUGAAAAUCUGGAAUAUGAGGGGUCAAAAAAAUCUAAAUAUUGAGAAAAUGGCCUUUAAAGUUGUUCAUCAGAGGUGUUGUAGCAGGCUGUUGCUAAGAAGAAACAAGUUUGUUUUAAUGCUCUCUACUGUAAUGACAUUGUGAAGUGUAGAUGAAGCCAAAAACAGAAAUUCUAAGCUUUACAUAGAUACCAAACUUGAGUGGGUAAUUCACAAAAAGCGGGCAGCAGCGAAGUGAAGUUUGUAGUUUGUGAUUUUGAUGCACUCACUUACAAAAAUUAAGUUUUGAUAUAUUUACGGUAGGAAAUUUACAAAAUAUCUUAAUGGAACAUGAUCUUUACUUAAUAUAUUAAUGCUUUUUGGCAUAAAAGAAAAAUCUAUAAUUCUGACCAAUACAAUGUAUUGUUGCCUAUUGCUACAAAUAUACCCGUGCUACUUAUGACUAGUUUUGUGGUUUUGGUCACGUGUUGUAAAGAUUUCUCUUGAAACACCAGCAUUUGUUUUGUUUAAAUAAAUCUUGAAAGGUCUGCAUAUCUUUUGUAUGAUAUUGUUUGCAAUAAAAGAGAUUAAAAAAUA